UUUGAGAUCCAUUAUAUCCACUACCGUAUGAUAGAAAAUUUUCGCCUCUUUUUUUUUUCCUUGUUGAUUCAGUGGUCGAUGAUUUCUGUAAAUCGUUGGAACUCCAUCUCCGGCUCCGCAUCUUUCCCUGUCUUAAUAUUGAUUUCAUGAAAAUUGGUGAAUAAUGGCAAGCUAUCCGGGUAAAGGAGCCCCCUCAAAUGGGUCUAUCUACAUCUGCAACCUGCCCUUUGGGACUGACGAGAAUAUGCUUGCUGAAUAUUUUGGUACAAUUGGGUUGCUAAAGAAAGACAAGCGAACAGGUAGACCAAAGAUCUGGCUGUAUCGUGAUAAAUUAACAAAUGAGCCUAAAGGAGAUGCAACCGUAACAUACGAGGAUCCACAUGCAGCCUUAGCGGCCGUCGAAUGGUUUAACAACAAGGAUUUUCAUGGUAACAUCAUUGAAGUUCAUAUAGCAGAGUCUAAAAGCAAGGAUGAUCUCUCAUAUAAUGUGGUGGGUGAUCCAAGUGUUGUUGAUGAUUCUCUUGGUUUUGAGGAGAAUGCUGGGAGUAUGAACGGGGGCAGUGGAAGGGGAAGAGGUCGUGGUGAUACUCCAGGAAAAGCAUGGCAACAAGAGGGAGAUUGGCUGUGUCCAAAUACAAGUUGUUCCAAUGUUAAUUUUGCAUUUCGUGGUGUGUGCAAUCGAUGUGGAAGUGCUCGACCUUCUGGUGCUGCUGGCAGUGGUGCAGGCUCUAUAGGUCGUGGCAGGGGCCGUGGCAACCAGGAUUCAGGAGGCAAUAGUCGUCCAGUUGGUGGCCCUACUGGGCUCUUUGGUCCAAAUGAUUGGCCUUGUCCAAUGUGUGGUAACAUCAAUUGGGCAAAGCGCACAAAAUGCAAUAUUUGUAACACAAACAAACCUGGUCAUAAUGAGGGUGGCGUGAGAGGAGGGCGUGGUGGAGGUUACAAAGAACUUGAUGAAGAAGAAUUGGAGGAGACUAAACGACGUCGACGAGAAGCUGAAGAAGAUGACGGUGAGAUGUAUGAUGAGUUUGGAAAUCUUAAGAAGAAGUUUCGUGCCAAAUCCCAGCAGAUGGAAGCUGGUCGAAUACUACCGGGUGCUGGGCGGGCUGGAUGGGAAGUUGAGGAACUAGGUGUAAUUGAGAAAGAUAGAAGGGAGAGAAGUAGGGAGCGAGGGAGGGAAUGGGAUGACAGAGACAGCAGCAGAAAUAGAGAAAGAGAAAACAGGGAAAGACAUCGGAGUCGAAGCAGAGAUAGGGAUAGAGGAAGAGAUCGUGACCGUGAUCGAGACUAUGAUUACGAACGAGAUAGAGAAUAUGGGAGGGAGAAGGACCACCGGAACAGGCACCGGUAUUGAGAAAUGAUUUGAGUGUGUCUGCGAAUUGGUAACUGGUGGGCAUGUAAUUUUGUUGACCUUGGGGAGGGGGAAUGGUUGAUAUAUUUGGUUUAUGACUUAUGGUAGAACCUUGUGGGUCUUAUUUUUUAUGAAAGAUAUUUUAUCUACUACUAUGAUACAUCUUUUUGGUACUUGAACUUGAAGACUUCUAUCAGACUACGAAUUGAGUUUGCAAA